AUGGCCGCCGAUGGGGAUCCAAUUGCGCUCCACACGAUCAGCGACGAUGUGCUGGCUGCGAAACUGGCACGGUAUAAGAAACUUAUGAACAACUUUGCGACGCUUUCUCAGGCGACCAAACUCGAAAAGGUGAUCAAUAGAGAUCACAGAGAGACCGAGCAGGAAUUGCAAGAGAUCAUCGAAGAGUCGCAGACCCGUGAUAAUCAGGAGAUUAGGAAACUGGAGCUCAGGAGGACAAACCUGACCUCGUCGUUGGGUAAGUUCCAUGCCACACUGGAACAGCUUUCCGGCUCGAGCGAGUCCGCGAGGCAGAUCUCGGCGCGGAUUAGGAUGAUCGAACGCGAAAGGACGUUAGUUCACAAGACCCUGCAGUUUAUUGAACAAUGCAGGCAACUGAAGUACAGCAUUUCGGUGGUGAGUAGCGCGUUGGAGAAGAAUGACCACCGUUUAGCAGCCAAUACCAUCGAGAAGAUCCGGACACUGCCGCCCGAAGUUGUCGAAUCUGAGUUUGCGAAUAGGGUGGUCCCUUGUAGUGAGAUCCCAGAGCAACCAGCACAGCUGCUGAAGGACUGGACUUCUAGGUUAUCGGAGGUAUUUACGGAACAGUUCCAGCACGCGGCAAAAGCGCAAGAUGUGGAACAGUUGACAUCCUACUUUGAGCUAUUCCCUAAGAUAGGAUAUGCCGAGCUGGGGUUGGAAGUCUACUCCAAGUAUGUGUGCGAUAUCAUUGCAGGUCAGAGUCGUAAAAUCAUGACAGGCUCUACUGAGAGACGGCAUAUGUUUUACUCCAAGGCGCUGCUCCAUCUCUUCAAAACCGUGUCCACCAUUAUAAAUAGCCACUCGCAGGUUAUCUCAGGGUGCUAUGGCGCGAAAUAUAUGGUGCAUAUCAUGGACAAAGUUCAAAAGGAAGCAGACUUACAAGCAGGGAUAAUAUGGGACACAUUCAUGGAUGUCCGGCGCAUUGAAUAUCUGCUUGCUGAAAUCAGGGAGUGGCACGAAGCACAGGCCCAAGCCAACAAAAAUCAUCUCCAUGGCGCAAAGCCAAAUAGCAGGCCACCCCCAAGCUCCAUUAACGAAUUAACAAUGUUGAUUUCUGAAUAUUCAGCCAUCUUCCAGCAUUGGUCCAUGUACUGCAGGUUUUUCGCUCUGAAGUGGGAUGAGUUUUCGCAGAACACGGCCACAGAGUUAGAGCUACCGAGCCUUAUUUCGGAAGGAAAGUUCAGCGCAAAGGUGACUGACUCUAUGUCUGGGUUUGAACAACUGGUGCGCCACCAACUCUAUAGGUCAUUCGCAAAUGCUGUCGACCUAGAAGAACUACCAUCUUUGAACGACUAUUUAGGGCCGACCCCAUACGACCACGAAGAUUUAUCGAGCUAUCCUAUAAGCUCUAUCCUGGAAGACCUAGUUCUGCUCAUUCGAGUCAAUCUAAUUGCAACUGUGAACACUGGUCAGAAGGCACUGCUCUAUAAGUUCUCUGAAGCUUUAAUGAGGUUUAUCCAGACCGAAUUCCUGAUUAAAGUGCUACAAUCAAGAUUUAAGAAUAUUCAACCUCGUCUUAACCCUUCCCUUGUGUUGAAAAAAUACCUGCCGUCUUCAGAUCCUACAUCAGUCGGUAUGAGGUCUCUCUCGCCAAAGCCUGUAACACAGGAUACUGGUAAAUUGUCACAGUUCGGCUUCAAUUUUAAGAGCGCUGCGACAAGCACGUUAACAAACCUGCAGUCUAAUAUACAAUCUGUCUACACCGACGAGGAAAGCGUGUUGAAGCUUCACCAUUUCCUGAUCUGUGUCAACACUUUAUCCAUAGGUGAGGUAUUUUUCAAACGUCUUCUAAUCACUGAGAUUUUAGAAGACCAGCCACAGCUGUUGCACAGCAAUUUCCCCUUUGGUCGCGACGCAACGGAUGUGGAAUCGGUAUUGCGUACUUUAUUCGGCAAUAUUCAGACUCAGGGCGGCAAACUGUUGAAAUGGUCCCUACUACAACUAUUCGAGAAUAUGCUCAAGGGGAAGCUUAAAAGGCUGGUUGCACCUAUGUUCGUAAGUGGAACAGACCAGGAAUACAUAUGCACGGCACAUGAUUUUGAAAACCUUUCCACUCUGAAUCUCUUUCUGACACAGUGGAAAGAACUGAUACUUCCCUUUUCGAACGUUCUCUACAAAACGGCAUACAUCGAGUUAAUUUCUCAGAUGAUAGACUACCUCUGCGAAGCCUUGGAAGAGAAGAUAUGGGGCAUUCAGUGUAACGAACUCGGAGGGUUGAAGCUGGAUCGCGAACUAAGCCUUAUGAUCACAUCCCUCUGCGGCCAGCACUACUUUCUCCGUGAGAAGUUCACGAGACUAUCCCAAUUAGUCCUCGUCCUGGGCCUAGAUGACGAUGACUUUGACCCAGCCACCGGAGAUAUAAAGGAAGAAACCCUAUCUUCUAUUAACUGGAUUCUCAGUGCACCUGAGAGAGUGAGGGCUCGCAAUAUGCGCGUAGAUAAGAGGAGCUGA